AUGCGAUUGGUGACGGCUGACUUUGAUUCCGACGGCGACAUCGAUGUGGCUUUCGGCACAUAUGCUGGGCUUCUCGUCUGGGUCGAGAACCUUUUUCCCGUCGUUGGCUUUGCCAACGUUUCGCGUGUCGUUGUCUCGGCUAUUGAUGGCGACAGCUUGCGCAUCGCAGGGCUCGCUGCUGGAGAUCUGACUGGCCAACAUGGCCCGGACCUUGUCGUUGGUAUACCUAAUCCAAAGCACGGGCUGAGUUGGUAUGCCAAUCUCGGUGGCGGCCGCUUCUCAUCCCGCCGCGCCAUUGACUCUUCGGUAAUCUCUGGCGACGUCGAUGUUGUCGUUUAUGACCUGGACAACGAUGGCGAUCUUGACCUCGUCUGGACCAGUGACAACAUCGACGACAUGUUCUACGCGUACAAUGUCAAUGGCUCGUUUCCCGCACGCAUCUAUGGCGGAAGCGCGUUCGCUCUCUUUUCUGUUGAUGUCGGAGACACUAACAACGACGGAGUGCCCGAGCUGUACUACACCAGCUCGUUCAGAGACCCCCUUCGCUACGUCAUCCUUGGUCAAACGAGCAAUGCUAAGGUCCACUCUGUCGAGUACUACAUCAGGGACACAGUCAUCGGCGACUUCAACGGCGACGGCCUAGACGACAUCCACGCAGUCGACGUUGAUAGUGACGGCGAUCUCGAUCUUAUGUACGGCACAGGUCCAAAGGCCUCAUCUGCGCCUGGUGAUAGCGUCCAGAUCGCUGUCAACGACGGCAACGGAGUCUUUUCCGCCUUUGAUGUGGGCAUGGGCGUUACAUCCUCGGUUUCUGUCGGUGAUUUUAACCUGGAUGGCUUUCCAGACGUCAUUGUGCAAGGAGGCAUCACUCCGCUUGUCCUCAUCAACCCACGUAGCAACUCAUCGACCGAUUGGGGUGCUGUUCAACCGUUCCCACUCACCACCUGGACCGAUCCAGCAGCCAACGCAGUUGCCGUCAGUGUCGCGGACCUGAAUGCCGACUCGCAUGCAGACAUUGUCGUUGCCAAAGACGACGGAACCGCACUCAUUGUCCACACUCUCGAGACCGACUGGUACGAUGUGACCACCGUUGUCGAGCUCGGCCUCGAUGGCCAGCCGGUUCUGGGCAUGGCUCUCGUCGACGUCGACGCAGACGGCGAUGUCGAUGUGAUGGCGGCGUCGGCCACCACGCUUGUCGCGCUCACCAACAGCGAUGGGCAAGGGCGUGUGUGGAGCCCACCGAGUAUUCUUGCCUCUGGAUUGCCGUGGAGCACCACGUUUGUGGCCCUGACUGUUGCGCCGGACGGCUCGGCCGCUGCGCUUGGCCUCGCCAACGGAUCAAUCGCUUGGAUUCCCACGUCGAGUGGUGCAAUCUCGCUCCUAGAGCACACCAUCCUCGACUCGCUGACUCUUCGCGGCCUGGCCUGCGGCGACAUUGACGCCGACUUACAGCCUGAUGUCGUGGGCUGGACGGAUGCACAGCUCGUGCUAUGGAUCUCGUCGGCGAGUGCGCCGAUGAACCUAUCCCUGCCGUUCACCUCUGUCUCAGCAGUGGUUCUUGGCGACGUUGAUCGGGACGGCCUCGCAGACCUGGUCAUGCUCUCCACCACAAACGCCGCCGUUGCGUGGCGGCGAAACCUUGGCUCGGCCGCCUUCUCGGACUUCCACCGACUAGACCUGCCAGACUCGCUCAGCAGUCCGAAAGGACUCGCCGUCGAUCCGAUCCGCGGCAUCAUUGUCUCGCAAAGGAACAAGGGCAUGUAUGCCUUCCGCGACGGCUUGACUGACGACAACUCCUUGCUCACCUCGUCUAUUGGAGCCGACGGCAUUGCUCUUGCCGACGCCGACGGCAACGGCCAUGACGACGUCAUCGGCUGGAACCUGGGCUCGGCCGUGUUCUGGCUUGAGUCCCAGGCCGUCCUUGCCGUUGAGGAUAGGCAGCUGGAGUUCUCCGAGCCAGAACUCGUCACUGCCAGCGUGCCGUUCUCACCUGUCAUUGUCGACCUUGAUCUCGAUGGUGACCUGGAUGUGGUCGGCUUUGUAGGCUCAACUCUUGGCUGGCUCGCCAACCUUGACGGCCUUUCGUCAUUCUCGUCUUUCAAUGACAUUGCCGCCUUUGUUUCACCACUUGGUCUGGCUGCUGCCGACUUUGACCACGACGGCGACCUUGACCUGGUUGUCGGAUCUGCCUCGGUUGACCCUCUGGUCUUGUUAUUCAACGACAACGGACGUGGAGGCUUUGGCUCACAGCAGCAGUUCCACCCGGCCGGGCUCGUCUCCAUCAACCACAUUGCUGUGGGCGAUGUCGAUGCCGACUCGUGGCCAGAUGUGGUGGCCAUCGGCUCCUCUGGUGCCACCAACGACGUCGUGUACUAUCGCAACGUUGGAGCCACUUUUGCUGAUGCUGUUCAUGUUGGAAGCCUGGCCCCUGUGCCUGAUGCGGCUUUUGUCAGGUACCAAGUCUUCCUGGGUCACAUGGACGCGCUCACCUCACAUCUAGACGUCCUUACGUCAUUGUGCUUCCUUCCAGUUGCCGAUGUCGGCGAUGUGAACGGCGAUGGCUGUUUGGACCUGGUGACUGUUGGUGCGUCUACUGAAGGCCAGCCGAAGCGGUCCCUUUUGGUGCUCCCGUCGAACUGUUUGGGUGGCUUUGACGACACGGUUGACAUUGCCACCUACUUUGACUAUGCGGACGUUGUAUCCGAAAUUGUACUUGCAGAUAUGGAUGCCGACGGCAACCUGGACAUUGUCGUCUCGACAGAAGACACAGUGACCGUAUACAGCAGCGUCGACGGGUUCGGCGCCGUGCGGCGCCAGACAGCUUCGCUCCAGUCUCGAGUAGCAACUGCGGCAGUCGAUGUUGACGGCGACGGCUAUUUGGAUGUCUUUUCUCGGUCGUCGACGUUCUCAAAUGGAUUAUUUGUUGCCCUGCAGAAUGCUCGCGACGCGGACACGGUCUACACGCCGCAGACCAGACCGCUGGAUCUACGGCUAGCGCCGUGUAUGUUGGAUCGCUUCUCGUUUGCCUGCGUCGCCGCCAACAUCGCCGCCUCCUCGCGGUGCGUCGCCGACACGCUGAUGCUCGAGCCAGGUGUCUACUCGUGUGUUGCUGACGCGCAUUUUGUCCUCACGCAUUCGGUCGUGCUGCGUGCGGCAGUGCCUGGCUCGGUGAUCUUUGAGUGCGCCGACGCUGCAGCUGGGCGUGGCCGGGUCCUGUUCACGGUGGCAGAACAUCCGCAGCCGACGGUGGCGACGGUCGGGCGACUGGUGCUCGAUGGCGUUGAGGUGCGCGGGAUGGAGACGGCACUAGCCGAGCUACAUGGUACGCCUGGGCUUCGGGUGAACGGGAACGGUGCGGCGCUCGAGCUGCGCAACGCUACGAUCCGCGGGUGCCGGGCGAGCGAGCCGGGUGACGACCAGGUGAUGGUCGACGUGGGCGUGGGCGGAGCGGUGCUGGCGUCGGGCGGUGGACGGGUGGCGGCGACCGGGAGCCUGUUUGCCGACAACAGCGCAGCGGGCGAGGGCGGAAGCUUGGCGGUGCGCGGGAGCGGGACUGUGGCCGAGCUCGAAAAGAGUGUGAUCGACGGCAGCAUGGCAGGGCGCGGCGGCGGGGUGUCUGUCAGCGGUGGCGCGAGGCUGGAGGUGCGUGACGGGACGGUCAUCCGCGGCUGCACAGCAAGCGGCGACGGCGGCGGGGCGUGGGUGGGGCCGGGCGGGGCGGCGCUAGCCAUGGUCGGCGGCGAGGUGAGCGACAACACGGCGGGGGGCAUCGGUAGCGGCGGCGGAUUGCAUGUUGUGGGCGGAUCACAGGCCGAUCUCGACGGGGUGACUGUCCGCGGCAACCGGGCUGGGUCAGCUGGCGGCGGGCUCGCGAUUGUGGCGAGCAGCGUGUCGAGCGGACUGGCGGUGGCGCGGGCUUCGGUUGACGUGCCCGAGGUGACGGCUGUAAGUGGCGAUGCCGAGCGGGCCAAGGCGGGCUACGCUGCGGCGAACCGGCUCAGCGACUGCGUGAUCACGGGCAACACGGCCGGGACGUUUGGACACGGGCUUGCUGUUUGCGGCGAGGGCGUGGGGGUGUCCGGAGCAGCGACACGGUGGCGCGACAACGCCGGGCGCGACGACGUGUUUGUGUGCGCAGCCGAGGGAGUGGCGGCGUCGCUGGCAGGGCCCGAGACAGUGCCAUGGCUGCGUGUGGCGAGCGAUGCAGCAGCUGAGGUGCUGACAGCCAGCUCGGGGACCCGCAUCGCGGCACCUCUGAGCCGGCUCGAGUGGGUGACGGCGCCGGCCGGCACGGUCACGAGCGGGGACGGGCCGCGAGCGACGGUGGUCGGAGUUGACUGGCUCGGGCGCGAGCACAUCGAGCCGGAGCUUGAUGUGGCGGUUGUUGUAGACGCACCGAGCGGGAUGCUUGUGAGCGGCGAGACCACGAGUGCCAUGUCACAGGCAGUGACGGCGGUGCCAGGCGUGAGCGUGUCUGUGCUAGCGUCAGUGGCAUCGUCGGUGCCACUCCCUGCGCCGGUGUCGAUGCGGGUGGAGGCAGUGACGAGCCGGAGCGGCGGACACACAGUGGGCGGAUUGGCAGCAGCGUUCGAAGUGACCGGGUGCGGGAUGGGGGCCGGAGCGUCGGUGCAGAGCACAGUGUCGGGCAACAUGGUUGUGGACGUUGUGGUGUGCGCGGCGUGUGUGGAGGGCACGAUGUCGACGAGCGUGUCGUUGGACGGAUGCGUGGCGGUGCCGAGCUGCCCACUCAACACGCAGCGACUUGCAGGAAGCGGUGCGAUCAACGUGACGAGCGGCAGCGGGGUUGACGACUGCGUAUGCAAGCCUGGGUUCUGGUCGCGAACCGGACGGAGUGGAGUGGCAUGCGAUGCGUGCCCGCGCGGCGGCGUGUGCGAUGGCGGGCUGGACAGCCCGCGUGCGGCGCCCGGCUUCUUCCCUGACGCGGACAGCGAAGCGGUGUUUGUGGCGUGUCCGGCGAGCGAGGCAUGUCUCGGGAGCGGGCAAUGUGCGGCGGGAUACACUGCGCGGCUGUGCGCCCAGUGUGCGGAUGGCUACUUUGCGCUCGGCGGGCGGUGCCGCAAGUGCCGACCGGUGGCCAACGCGAUGGUGACGGUAGCGCUACUGAUUGGAGCGCUGGUGGUCACCGGCGUGCUGCUGGCGUUCAACUUGACGGAGGGUCUGCGAUACAAGUUUGUUGCGGCGAUGAUUGGGCUCAACGGGUUGCAGAUGAGCGCGAUCUACGGGCGGCUCGACUUUGAGUGGGGCCCUGUGGCUCGGGUGUACUUUGACAUUGCGUCUGCGGUGAACCUGGACGUGGAGCUGACGAGUCCCGAGUGCUCGCUGGUUCGCGGGGCGGACGUAUGGGUGCUCAAGUGGGCGCUCACGCUCAUCCUGCCUGUGUUUGUGGCUUUGGCGAUCUGCGGGGCGGCAGCGGUGUACGGGCUGCUCAUCGCCCAGGGCGUGAGCUGGUUCGGAAGCAAGAAUCUGCGGCAGCUGGUGUCGGCGUGCUGGCGGACGCAGUUUCAGAUUGUGGUGCUGCUGUACCUGCCGCUGACGUCUGCGGCGAUGGCGCCAUUCGGGUGCAAGCGCGACGCGAGUGGGCGGUGGCAGCUGAGCGCGGACCCGUCACGGAGCUGCUACAACAGCGCAUGGGUGCGCGGACUGCUUGGGCCAAGCCUGGCUGCAAUCGGAGUGUAUGCGUUUGGGCUGCCGCUGCUUGUGGGCUGGGUGCUGAUGUCACGGCGACGGGCGAUGGAGCCCGUGUCGUUUGUGCUCAGGUAUGGGUUCCUUGUGGGACGGUUCAGCGAGAGCGGAUGGUGGUUCGAGACGGCGAUCAUGGCGCGCAAGGCGGGCCUGGUCCUCUGCAUGACUUUCAUGUUUACCGAUGAGGGCAAGGCGCGGAUGGGCGUGAUUGCGCUCGGGCUCGCUCUUGCACACCUCGUGUACGUCCGGCCGUAUGCGUCGGACUUCCACAAUCGGCUGGCGAUGCUAGUGCUGGCGGCGACGACGCUCGUUCUCUAUGCGGGCACGUUUGAGGACGCACCGCUGCGGAUGGCGUGGGUCUCGACAUGGGUGGUGGUGAUUCUGAUUGCGCUUGUCAGCGGCAACGGGUACGAUUUGUGGCGGAUGCAGCGGAGCGAGAAGGCGAUCGAGGACGCGGAGUACUUUGUGGCCGGCGGGUUUGCGACGGCGCUUGCGAGUGCGUCUGGCGAGAGGCCGCGGAGCGCAAGCGUGGAGAUGGGCACGGUGAUGGUUGAAGGCGUGGCGUGGGAGACGCUCGGCAGCGGCAAUGAGCUUGCGCUGUCGUCGGUCGGGGCGAGCCCGGGCCACACCGUCUCACCACACCCGUCGUUUGGGCAAUUGACGGCCUCGCCGCUGGCGAAGCAUGUCGUGUGGCCGGGCAUAUACUCGCUGACUACUCCGAUGGAAGCUGGCGAUGUGGAUGGCGAUGGUGACAUUGACGUGGUGGUGACUGGCACAGGAGCCGCCAUUAUGUGGUUGGCCAACGCUCACCCAGCGCUCGGGUUCUCGGGCCAUGGCGUCAUCGAGGCGGCCGAUACCACAUCUGGCAACCUCCGUGUUGCUGCAUUGGUGGUAGCAGACUUGACCGGGAACGGAGUAGUGGACGUGGCGGCGUGCUCAUUUGUACCAUUGCGGGCGAUUGUGUGGUAUGAGAACCGGGGCGGCGGCGAGUUUGCACGGCGGCGAGUCCUAGGGACUGAUUCUACCAUGAACUUCUACCCACGCAUUCUGGCCACAGACAUCGAUGCGGACGGCGAUCUAGACCUGGUGUGGUCAUUGGGUGAUGCUGGCAAGUUCUGGUGGGCGCUCAACCUGGAGCUCAUCUACUAUCAAGACGGCAUCGGUGCCACCCCAGAUGCCAUCCUUUAUGGGUCGUAUGGGGCAAGCGCUUGGUUCCGUAACAACGGGGCCUCGUUUUCACAGAUGCCGUCGUUCACGACCCGCGCCGUCGAGUCUCGGUUUAUUGCUGCAGAUUUCGACAACGACACCGAUGUGGAUAUUGAGUACGUGUACAGGCAGUCAUCGUCCGAGGCCCGGCUCGUGAGGGCUGUUAAUGACGGGACAGGCAACUUUGACGUCCACGAGUACGUGCUACCCAACCGCGGCAGCUGGUCAUUUGUCUCAGUCGACAUCAAUGGCGACGACGUUCGCGAUGUUAUAGUUGCUUUAGAUUCCACCAUGGAACUGAUUGUUUCGCCAUCGAAUGUGUCCGACUGGAUAACGACGCCGCGGCAACAGGUGGGUACUACAACGAAAGCGCCGUUUGUGACGCCAACGGGAUCGAUUGUAGCAGCUGGCGAUGUGGACGGCGACGGCGACGGCGAUGUAGUCUACCUUGCUUCAGAUGGCAGUGUGGUCCUUGUCGAGGCGCUUACGAUCAACAGCUACGCCGGGCCGCGGCAUGUGGAUGCCGGACUGUCUGGAGCGGGGGCGGUGGUGGGACUUGAGCUCGUCGACGUCAACCGCGACGGUUCUGCUGAUAUUGUUGCUGCCUGCGCAGACGCGGUAGUGUUGGCAGCGAGCGACGGGCUGGCGUGGAACAUUUCUACGCUUGCCAACGUGUCUGACACGAGCGCGAGCAUUGCCGCACUGUGUGCAGUGCCGGAUGGCUCCGGCGUUGCGGCCGUGACCAGCAACGGGACUGUGAUCUGGAUACCUGGCAACGGCUCUUCAGGCAUUGCGUUGCCAGACUCGUCCAUUCGGCUCUUUGGUGCGCGAGGGGCGGUAUGCGGCAAUGUUGAUGGAGCUGGUGCGCCAGACGUGCUGGUUUGGAACGAUGAAGCAGUUGUUGUGUGGUACGCUGAAGCUGCUGGCACCUGGAGCAGUGCUGUGGUGGAUGUGCCUCUCUCGAAUCUUGUGGGCGUCGCGGUUGGCGACGUUGACGGCGAUGGCACGAAUGAUAUCGGUGUUGUCUCGUCCAGUGGUGGGGGAUGGAUGCGCGGCGAUGGAGCGCGCGGAUUUGGACCGCUCCUGCAGGUCUCUGUGCCUUUGGGUGUACCUGUUGACGUUGCCAUUACGCCUGCGCGAGGGCUGGUAGUGUCAGCAUCGAGCAGCAGCACCAAGUCGAACACAUAUGCAUUCCGCGGCGGCGCAGUGGCCGAGGUCGAGCAAGUUGCGGACAACGGCGGAAAGCUGACGGUUGUCGACAUGGAUGGCGACGGCGAUGAUGAUUUGUUUGUCGCAACUUCUAGUACCGUCACGUGGUUUGAGACGGCUGAUGCGCUUCCUAUGUCAGGUGUUGGCUUUGCGCGCGGAACGAAUGUGUACCAUGAGCUGGUCUUGGAUGUUGUCUUGGCCGAUCUCGACCUCGACGGCGAUACUGAUGCGGUGAUCCGCACGCCCGACGUCGUCGGCUGGCUUCCUAACCUCAACGGCGAAGUCUCGUUUGGUGCGUUGACACCGGUGAGCACGACGACGGCGUCGUACGUUGCCGUAGCUGACAUGGACGAUGACGGCGAUUUGGACGUGGUUGUGGCGGCGGCGGCACUGGCGUGGCAUGCCAAUCAGGAUGGGAGGGGGCGAUUCGGAAGUGGCCGCGCCAUCUCAAGCCCGCUGACGACGCUCACCGGCAUCCGCAAGAUCUUGAUCGUUGAUGCGAAUCGUGACGGAAGCCCGGAUGUGUUGACUUCGAGCGACAGUCUCACAGCAUUGUUUCUCUACACCGGUACCGGGAUUGCAAGCGAGCUAGCUGUUACCGGCACCGGGUCGUCUAAGGUGUACGUGGGAGAGUUUGAUAACUUGAGUUCAGCUGUGGACGUCGUUGUGUUUGAGGACGUAACGCCACACACCGACGUUGUCGUGUAUGUGGCGGAUGCCGGUGGGUACAGGGAGGCAUCGCGGACGACGGUGCUCAACAAGAGAGUGACCUCAAGUGGCUUUGCUGCUGCCAGCGGAGAUAUGGACGGCAACGGCUGCACCGAUCUAGUUGUCAGCGGAGGCAACGGUGAGGUAGUGCCAGGCAAGCCCCUGAUGCUUACGUGGUGGAAGUCGAACUGUAGUGGUGGGUUCAGCAUUCAGCACAUUCAGAACUAUGGGCAAGCCAUGGAUUACGUGGGGAUUGUCGAUGUCGACGGCGAUGGACGGCUCGAUGUUGUUGCUACCUCCAGCAACACGUACUCGAGCGCAAGCUUCACUGUAUUCAGUACCAAGGACGGAUUGGUCUGGUCUGCGAUGACUGCAGCCGUGAGUGGAACUCGCACCUGGAGAGCAGUAGCAGAUGUCAACGGCGACGGACUACUCGACGCCGUUACCUAUAGCUCGGGCGGUGUUCGCGUUGCCCUGCAGAGCGGUCGCGACGCGGACACGGUCUACACGCCGCAGACCAGACCGCUGGAUCUACGGCUAGCGCCGUGUAUGCUGGAUCGCUUCUCGUUUGCCUGCGUCGCCGCCAACAUCGCCGCCUCCUCGCGGUGCGUCGCCGACACGCUGAUGCUCGAGCCAGGUGUCUACUCGUGUGUUGCUGACGCGCAUUUUGUCCUCACGCAUUCGGUCGUGCUGCGUGCGGCAGUGCCUGGCUCGGUGAUCUUUGAGUGCGCCGACGCUGCAGCUGGGCGUGGCCGGGUCCUGUUCACGGUGGCAGAACAUCCGCAGCCGACGGUGGCGACGGUCGGGCGACUGGUGCUCGAUGGCGUUGAGGUGCGCGGGAUGGAGACGGCACUAGCCGAGCUACAUGGUACGCCUGGGCUUCGGGUGAACGGGAACGGUGCGGCGCUCGAGCUGCGCAACGCUACGAUCCGCGGGUGCCGGGCGAGCGAGCCGGGUGACGACCAGGUGAUGCCGACCAAGAAGAACGUCCCGGCCAAGCAGAAGUACUACCGCCGCCUCAAGCUGCACUCUUCGCAGCGCAAGGACCGCGCCAACUGCAAGAUCCGCGCCCUCAAGGCCUCGCUUGGCCUUAUCGAGUAAACCAGCCCGGUCUGCUU